ACAUAAAAUAUCAAGCCACAGUUGUUGCUAAAAUAAAUAAUGAAUAAAUGCACAAAAUUGCAGUUGCAAAAUAUUACAUUACAUUGUUGUUAUGUUCAGUGGUUUCAGUUCAAGGGAUUGAUGGCUCUGGGGAAAAGGCUGUCCUUGAAUCUGGUUGUACGUGUUUUGUGGGACCUGUACCGCCUGCCAGAGGGCAGCAGGGUAAUCAGGUGAUGACUAGGAUGUGAAGAGUCCUUUACAAUAUUAGUGGCUUUGCUGUGAUAACGGGAGUUGGUAAUGUCCUUUAGGGAGUGCAGAGAGCAUCUAGUGAUCUUCUGGGCACUGUUGACCACUCUUUGCAGAGCUUUCCUGUCAGCUACUCUGCAUCCAGCAUACCACACUGUGAUGCAGUAAGUGAGGAUGCUCUCCACGGUAGUUCUGUAGAAGGCCUGCAGCAGUUUAGCUUCCAAGUUGUUCUUCCCGAGCACUCGGGUAUCGCCAUGCAGCACUAGCUUUAAAUGUAAUAUUUUAACAAGGCUACAAUGUAGAACUUUGCCUCAAAAUGUUUUUGUUCCAACUGACCUGCCCAACCUCUCCUCAACUGGGCUCUCACGUUUCCUGCGCAGGGCAAAUGCUGCCUUCCAGCGAGAUGCAGUUGUGGCAUAAAGUACCUAUUGUAGGGAUUUGCGAGUUUGGACCCUACGCGUGUUCGAUGAUCGAGGAGGAGAUGACCAAUGAUUAGACAAAGUUAACAGCAAAUGGAUUCAUUACAAAGAAUGUGCAAUACAGACGUCCGGCCCGAGAAGAAAACAAGAGCUGCCCGGUAACACAAGGUUUCUAUAUGUAUGGGUCCAUGGUAAAAGAGGCUGCCCCCCGGCAGUCUGGUCCUGGGCCGGGAUGGUAACUUUCCGCUCCUUAUCUGGUGUCGUUCGUCUCCACGGCAACGCCAGAGGCAAACUAACGAGUGAACUGCCUGCGCCUCGUACUGUAUCUCUGCAUACUGCUGUUUAUGUCUACUCAACUGCAUUGCAGACAUUCCAGCCUGAAAUUACGGAUCACCAAACAAAUGAGUGGCAUAUAUUAGUGGUGCCUUUAACAUGUCUGCGAAUGGUCAAGAAUAAAAAUAUACUGUAUACAUAUUUGGCCUGUUCUUCUUUUCCCCGCAGUUCAAUAAAUCUGCAUUUCUCCCAACCCACUGCAUCCUUCUCUUCAUCUGUGUAUUAAUCCGUCUUCCCUUCAUCCUCUCUGCUGUUUGCACCUCUUCUCUCUCCCUCCUACUCUCCCCUCCUCUCAGCGGCGGCGGCGUGACUGGCCUGAGUCAGCUACCUUUAGCAGUGAGUAAAUGCGGCUUCUUGGGAUACCAUAUCCUGCAGAGAAACGUGUGUGUUCUGUGUGUGUCUGUGUUCUCUCUGUGUAUGUGUGUGUGACUACGAGUGGACACAGAUGGGAGAGCGACUGAGUCAGAAAGGCUGCAAUCCUCCCAUCACCAUCCUUCGCUCCUAUGCAGCCAUGGAGCUCCGGCUGGCUGAAUCACAGCAGAGGCUGCAGAAAGGGCUGCUGAGGUAGAUCCGUUCAUCUUGUAGUAGAAUGGAUAAUGUUUGCAAGAGAAGGAGGUUUUCAGGCUCCCAGGCCAUGGUGUUUCUUCACACACUGGUCUUAUCCUGGGCAGGUGCUGUUGAACCUGCCCCCGAAAUUGACGGACAUCGUCAGACAGCGAUGACACUAAGAGAAAACGUGAUACACAGGUUCAGCUGUCACUUACAUGGUUGGGACCCCCAUGCACCGACCUCGCUGAGCUGGUACCUGAACGGUGAGCAGCAGAGGUCGCUUCCUUCUAAAUCUGAUCUGGGGAAGACACCACAAAAAAACGCAGAGGUCCAGAGAUCCGGAGCCAAUCACAACAGCACAUUCUCACUGCGGGCCAGAAAGUGGGACAGAGAGCUGGUGUGUGUAGCACUAAACCCCAAAUCAGGGGAAAGCUACAAUGCAACAGUUACACUCAAUGUCCAAUUUCAACCUGAGAUCCUCAGGAUCAGCGCACACACCAGUGAAACCUCAGAUCCUGGCUUUUUGUUAGUCCUCUUUGCGUUGGUUCAGUCCAACCCCCCUGCCACCUUCACCUUCACAGACCAGUCUGGUCUGCUAAUGGCUAACACUUCAGACUUCCUCAUCCUCGACUCACACGACUACCCCUGGCUGACCAAUCACACACUGAGAGUCACUCUCAGGAGUCUAUCAGGAAAUAUCUCGCUGAAUGCCACCAACAGUGUGGGCACCACGGAAAGUAACCUCACGCUGGCAGAAUUCCUGCAAUCUCGUGUGGAAGUACCUAUGCUGGGAAUUGUAACUGGCGGGUCCAUGGCCUUCAUGGCCCUUCUCAUCCUCAGCCUGAUAGUUCUCUGCCUCAUGCAAAAAACAACAAGCAAGUCCAUCGAUGAGCCAGUGGAGAUUCUAAUGACUAAGAAAAGUGACUCAAGCAAUUUGAAAGCAGAGAAAUCUUCCAUCCCCAGAGAGAAUAUGUCUCUUCCUUCCAAUAUGCAGCUCAAUGACCUCAGCACUUUGAAAAAGGGAGGAGAGAACACCCAGAAAAUCAGUGGGGGUGAAAAGAAGAAUGAGGAUGAAGAUCUAUCUUUAGCUUAUGCUGCGAGAGGCUUCGCCAGAUAUCCAAUGGUGGGGUACAUCUACAAGGUGAAUAGCACAAGCAGUGAGGAGAUCUGGCUGUGACUGACCUUCAAGGGCAACAUAUACAAUUGCAUGCUUAACUAUUUGAACAGACAAUCUGCAAAAAAUAAUGCAUUUGUCUCUUAAACUAUUGUCAAGGUGGCUCAAUCUGUCUUUGGAUCAGACAAGGUAUCACUACUUCAACAACUGUAUUGACAAAAUUUGCGUGGAGUCCAAAACGAAUGUGUUGGGAUGUCAUCUGUAACCAUUUGUUCAAACGUGUCCCAUUUCAUCCUGUUAAUAUUGGAAUGCAUUUAUUUGUGCUCCGUGUACUUCAGAAUGCCCAUGAUGUACUGUUCGUGUUUUUACAGAUUGAUUUGAUGUUAAAAAAAAAAAAAAACAACAACAGCACAAAAUUACAGGUAUAUAUGGGUAUACAACGUGUAAUACACUGUAUUACUGUGCACAUGUACAUGCAUAUAAAAGAUAGCCCCAAAUAAAGUUAAUAUGCGUUAA